AUGAAAAUUGUUUCCGCCAUUUUAGCAGCUUUAGUGAGGGGCGAAGAUGAAGAGCUAGACAGAGAGGCGAAACAGUAUUAUCGAAAUCAAGGAUACAAUUCGUAUAAUCAGCAAUAUUACCCGGGAAGAAACAUAAAUCGACGGCCAAUUCAGAAUUUCCCUAAUUAUGGAAAUCAAUAUCCUUACCAACCCUACCCACCGCGCUACAACUCCUACCCUCCAUAUCCUCGUAAUCCGCAGCCACCUCCUUUCGCCAACCCUCAUCCCGGAUGGCGCCACUACAACAACCGAAACAACUUGAACCAAGAAGCAUAUUCUCAUUACGACGAUUUUACUGGAUAUCAAAGUUAUCCGUAUCAUCAGAAUGUCGCUCAAAACACAAGGCCAGAUUCAUCAGCAGUUCGACUUGCUAGACCAGGAGAAAAUGCUAUUCGGGCGGGGAGAAAAGUAAGACCUCCAGGAGAGCGAGACGAGCGACUGGUCAACCCAAGGCUUCAAUACAUCGAAGAUCAAUAUGCUCCACAAGAAGAAUAUGACGAUUCUAGCUACUAUGAAGCCAGCUAUGCUUCGUCCUAUGAACUUUCAGAAAAUGAAAUGGAAGGAAGCUCUCAAGAAAAAGAAGAUGCCCUCGAUGUUAUCCCCCUCGAAGACCUGAAAACCCUCUGCGGUCCAGAAGGAUCAGCAACGUCUCAUGAAGAAUGCCAAGAAAACCGCCCAGAUCAUCCAGAAAAUCCCGAUUUAAUAGGCCUCCCAGACUUGAUGACAAACGCAAAACGAGUACAAGAAACUCUUCACCUGGACUACGCCGAUUUGAGCAACUUGGCUUGCGCUCUUGAAGAGGGUUGUUUCAGCAAAAGUGCCUAUCGAAAGACCCCGAAAAUGGCGAGAAAACUGCUCAAGUUCACGCAAAUGAUUUCGAACAUCGGCGACGCGGACUUUCUUUCGCCGCAUAAUUCUAGCGACUGGGAGUAUCAUACUUGCCACAAGCAUUAUCACUCGAUGAGUACUUUUUCUGAAUAUUCUUUGCUGACGACAAACAUGAAAGAUCGAGUGGCGCACAGUCAGAAAGUCAGUUUUUGUCUGGAAGACUCAGAAUGCAAGCCCGGCGUUUCGCAAAAAUACCACUGUCUUCAGGAGCAAGCGAUUAGCCCUGGCUGCUCGGAUGUGUACGUUUCUGGUGUGGAUUGCCAGUGGAUUGAUGUUACUGAUGUCCGACCUGGGAGUUAUGUACUUGUGAUUGAGGUUAAUCCGAAUCGACUCGUGAAGGAGAGUAACUUUAUCAACAAUCGGAUGGAAUGCGACUUAUUUCUACAGAGGAGCAGCGCUAAAGCAUCAAACUGCAGAACUCUUACGUGA